GGUGUAAUAGAAGAAGAAGAAUUAAGGCAUUGCAUUCAGUGAGAGCAGACAGACCCAGUUAGUUGUAGACUCACGCCAGCAAACACGCUGACAGACAGGCGGACAUCGCAGGGCAGACACGCAGACUCACGGGGAAGAUAUUGCACGCACAGUCAAAGAGGUCUUGGCUCUGGACUGGGAGUGGGUCACGCUCAAACGUACACAGAGCGGGCAGUUGUAUGGACACACGUGGUGGGACACGGUGACACACACACACACCCAGAGUGAGUUGUGCACAUACAGUCAGUAUUAGAGUGACACACACACUCAGGCAUGGACCCACACACAAAAUAACACUGGGCAAAGAGACACAUGCUUCACUAUCGCAAACACACACAUUGUGUAACGCACUGAUGAUAUACUGUUGAGUAAUACACUAACGCCAAAACAUAGACACUAAUAUACAGACACAUAGGCAGCAUUAAUAUCGAGACACAAACUCACACGGGCAAAAGCGCUUCAACAUGCAAGCUAAUACACCCUGAUGUAGGUACAUCCUUAAUACGGAGACAUACACACGGACACGUAACAAAGAUAGGGCACACACACACUGACAAACACCCUCACACAGCUGUACUUCAACACACAACACACACUUAAUAUAUACACGGACUAAUAUAAUACAAAUAUGACACACAUUGUUUAACAAGCGGCGACGCAAUGCACAUCAAAGGAAUGGAUAUCACCGGGCCUCUACAAGUCGAUGCCGCCCCACAUGGUCUUGGGAUGCCAUAAGCCACCAUGCUGACGAGCUGAUCCCCUCACUCCGUCUCCGCAGUGGACAUCCCUUCAGGUGACAGUGGGAGAGACGUGGCACCGUUUACCGAGCCAAACGGUCUCAGUCUCACCUGAACCUAUCCCCACUUCCAACCUCGACACCAGCUCAGGGAGAAGUCUGAAGAGGAGGAGGAGGGAGAGGAGGAGUAAAACAACACGAGAAAACCAAGCGAGGCCAUGAUGGCUUCUUGCCCAGAGCCGCCCCUUGACUCUACGACCUGCGGGGGGUCACGUGACUCCACUUCUUCUCGUAGCGACGGCUCCCCAAUGCAGCAGACGUCGUCACACUUUCCGGCCGCACGCGGAAACAGGAUGGCGGAUCAAGCCACCGGGUCCCAGAAUUCAUCAGGAGGGUCCGGCUCUGGGCGGCGCAAGCGCGAGUUCACCCCGUCGGAGAAGAAGGACGCGUCGUACUGGGACAAGCGCAGGAAGAACAACGAGGCGGCCAAGCGGUCGCGCGAGAAGCGGAGACUCAACGACCUCGUGCUGGAGACGCGUGUGCUCGGCCUCCUCGACGAGAACGCACGGCUCAAGGCCGAGCUCCUCGCGCUCAAGUUCCGCUUCGGCCUCGACGUGGAGCCUCAGGCCAACGGCGCCGACCUCCACGCCAAUGGCAACGGCACCGGCGGUAGCAACAACAACAACGGCAGCAACCACCACCACCAGCACCACAACCACCACCUCGGUCAGCACCAGCACAACCAGCAGCAACACCAGCACCACCAGCAGCUGGGUCACCACCAUCAGCACCACCACAGCGGCAGCGGCGGCAGCAGCAGCAGCAACAGCAGCAGCAGCGGCAGCCAUCACCACUACCAGCACCACCACCAGCAGCACCACCAGCAGCCGCCGCUCUCCGCUCACCACGCGCUCUUCGUGGAGUCCCUGGGGGGUGGCCGGGCCUACGGGAACCGCCACGACUCGUCGGGUUGCGCGUCUCCCGCUAGCGGCUCCGGCUCGGUGAGCCCUGUCUUCUUCCCAGAGUCCGCUUCCGGGGCCGCGGCGGCCACGGCCCCCCCCGCGGCCGCCGCCGGAGCCGGGGACCGGUGCUCCGGCCCGGCCGACGCCACCGCGGUACUUUUGGACUCGAAGUCGGUGGCGGCGGCGGCGGCGCGAGACGCCGAUUUGACGGCGGCGGCGGCGGCGGCGAAUUCGGCGUCGUCAUCGACAUCGUCGUUGUCGUCCACGUCGUCGACCUCGUCGUUGUCGUCCUCGCCGUGCGUGCCCGGGUCGCGCCGUCACGGCGACGGAGUAGAGAGCGCGGAGGAGCCGCCGCCCAAGAGGGCGAACACGGUACCGGCAGGCGGCGCGUCGGAGCGCCACGCGCUGCGUUUGGUGGCCACGAUGGUGACGCCGGCCCUCGCGGACGAGACGCCCCUCAAGUCGCCCUCGCCGUCCCCCUCCUCGUGCCUCCCGCACAAGUUACGCUUCAAACAGAGCGCCGGCAUCGAGGACGCCGCCGCCGCCGCCAUGGCCGCCAUCCCCACGUCCUUCUUCCCUUCCUCUUUGGGGCCCGGCGUCGUGGCCCUGACUGCGCCUCCGCCUCCUCCUCCGCCCAGGCCCGGCUCCAGCCCAGGCCCUGGCUACUCGGGGGUGCUGAGGCGAGCGCCACCCGACCGCCACCCCAGCGUGGGCGUCGUGUCGCCCACGUGGCGCAGGAUGGAUGGCCUUCCGCUGCCCUCGUCUGCUGCCGUCACGGCCGCCACCAUCGUCGCCACCGUCGCCAACCCUGCAACCGCAGAACAGCGGUCGCCCCCCAAAACCACACAGGAGGGAGAUGGGACCCUGCGGGUGGCCUGCGACACGGGAGACAUUGCUGACAUUAGCAGCAGCAGCAGCAGCAGCGGCGUCAGUGCUAGCGGCGGCGGCAACGCCACCGUUGCCGUCGCUGCGGCGCCAGCGGCCGGCGGCGGUGCCGCGCACGGUGUGAACGGGGCCGACGGCAGGGAAGGCACGGGUGGCGGCGAGGGGGGCUCGGGCCCCUCCGAGGGUGCGGACCCCGGCCCAGGGGGAUCAUCCGGCACCCCCGAGGGCGCGGAGGGGGGGGGCGGCCCCCCGAGCGAUGACAGUGGCGCCGCGGUGAGGGCCGAGAACGAGCACCUGCGCACGGAGCUUUCGAGCCUCUCGGCGGAAGUCGCGAAGCUCAAGAGGCUCUUUGCUGAGGGCUUCCUGGGCAAGGGUUCAGCGACGGCCGCGGGCGCGGCGGUCACCGGAGUUUGAGACGUGCGUCGGGCAACUAAGGGGGCGACUCCCGAGAGGGGGCGACCGAUCGACGCACGCACGCACGGAGAGAGAGAGACGAACUAAUAAGAGGCGGACUAAAAAAAAAAUGUGUUUGCACGUAUUGUUGUGUGAACUGUGCACUAAAAGGUGUAUGUGCACAUAGACAUUUCUGUGCACAUACAUAUGUAUACAGGUGGGUACACGAUAGACACAGGACAUGUCUACAUACGCACAAAGGCAUCAUCACACGGAGAGGUACAGAACAUGUAUGCAUGCAGACACGUACAGAUAUGCAGACAGGCGAGCACAGAUACAGUAUACGCACGUAGUAAGGAUGAGUUUUAGAUUCAAAAUAAUUUGGAUUUUUAAGGAUGUCUGUGGUAGCUUUGGCGAUGUCACCCAAUGCCACGUGUGACACCACUUUUGCCAAGAAAAGCACGGACGUGACGUUACAUGAGCGACGUCACUUCCGAUUUGAGGCUCAAUACGCAAAAACAUUGAAUUCAAACCGUCAAAAAUGUCAUCUACAGGCCUGUUUUUUUCUAAAUUAAUCCAAAAAUCGGUAGCACAUCCCUAGCUUGCAGGUGUAUGAAGAGUAUAUUACGCACAGAAGCGUGUACUUGUAUGGACAUGUACAUAUUAUGUAUACACUACACAAGGGACAUUGGCAGGGACAAACAUACACACGACAAUAAUGUUGAGGCCUUGGACACGCAUUAAGAGAGGCUUCAAACACUCUUAUCCAGUAGACAUGCAACGUUGGGCCAACGUUGGCCUGGAUGUUGUUGACCCAAUGUUCCGUGUUUACUGGGUAGCUGGUAGCUAGCUUGGCAGCCUUCCUCAAGGUAAAGAAACCCUUUGGUGGCCACAGCUACUGAGUUUAAAUGGGCGGUGAAUGUGGUCAGCAAGCGCGUGAGUGACGUGGCCGCCGUCUCGCUGACGAAACCAGUUCUCGCCGCAUUACACAGCGAGCCCGGCUACAGGGGAGACCCACCUCUCACGAAUGAGGCAACUUUCUUUAUUUAACAGCAGUUAUGUUAAUUUCAAAACAUACGAACGAUGAUUUUUAAACAGCUAAAAGCACUUCAGAGCAACUUGUUUUUUUUUAUUAUUGCUGAUGUCAUCACAUUCAAACAAAAAACAAUCAUACCGAUAAAUUAUUUCUCGGACAUGUUUUCCACAAUGGGGUGUGGAGUGGUGGCACAAUGGUUAGCGCAUGUCCCUAAUAGGAACCCAAUGAUCUUAGAUUCCCGGUCCCGGCUCGACAACAAGUGCCGAGUGAUUUUGGAACCGGUCACGGGUUCCUGCCCCUCCCACUCCACCAACCUGCACUCAUCCGCAAGAGCAAACACUGGUCAAACAAUCACCAUGACCGACAUGGCAUGGAAAAGGGCGGCAUAUGAAAUGAAUAAAUGAUUUGUAAAUGUGAGUUUGAAGGCUGCAAAUGCUAACCGUAAGCCAGUGACUGUAACACGUGGAGUGAACUAGUUUUGGCAAAUCUGUGUAUUGCACCGAGUCUGCUCUUAACAUAAACAUGUUGAGUGAGUUGUGCCCGUAAAUACAGCUUAUACACAAACGUGUACAUAACCACACACAUUAAACUGUGUACGUACAUACCAUACAGUAUACAGACCUAUGUCCAUGGACAUACACAUAUACACCCAUAUGCACCUACACAUACUCAUGCAGACAUGCAACACGAAAUGCGCACUCACUGCAUACAUGAACCAGAAUUGUACACAACACAUACGCACAUGUACAUAAGCACUAAAUACAUACACACGUGGAUAUAUCUAAUACGCGCACAUGCAAAUCACAAUGUGCACAUGAACACAUACAUUCUCGGGGCAUGUACAUCCACGUGUGUAGACACAUGCACGGUUCAUACUAAGCACACUAUACCACACACAUUUCACAGCACACAGAUAACGAGGAAACGUGAUGAAUUAUGAAUUUAUUGUUAAUAUUGAAAAUUACAAUUAAAUUUUAAAACAAUGACCCAAUUAUGUUUGUC